CACAGAGCUGCUGAUCCCCAGAAUGUUCAGGAGGAGAGGAGAAAUCUCCUGUUCUCGUGGCUGUAGGUAGCAGGCAGUAGCAGUGGAGAUGGUCCCCUGGGCCACCUUCCUGGUGACAUGCAUGUGGAUACAGACCCUCAAAGCCUCAGGACUGGACAACUGUCCCAGGACCCCUCGCAAGGAGGUGGAUUUCACCGUUAGCUACUCAAUACCCCACUUCCAGACAGCCAAACCCAUCCAGAACAUAGUGGUCAACCCAUACGUGCCUGAGGUUUAUGUGGCUUCUCAGAAUGUGAUUGAGGCAGUGAGUGGAGAGCUCAGUAAGUUAUGGGAGCUGAGGACAGGCCCUGUGGGCAGCCCAGAGUGUCAGACCUGUGGCCUGUGUGACAUCGAGGCCGAUCUUGAGGACUCAGUAGACACGGACAAUGAGGUCCUGCUCUUGGAUCCUUCACCUUAUCUUAACUCUCUGUACUCCUGUGGGAGCUCUCAGCAUGGGGUCUGUCACUUACAUGAACUUAACUCUGAUGAUACCCCACCUAAAUCUGAAUGUCUCUUCAGGAAGGAUGCUAACUCUCCGUCCCUUUGCCCUGACUGCCUGGCCAGCCCCCUGGGCACUGAGGUCAUCAUCGUGGAGCAAGCCUACACAGCCCACUUCUUUGUAGCGGCUACACUCAAUGAGCGUGUGGCACAGAGGUAUGGCAGACCGUCCAUAUCGGUGCGCCGGCCACUGUCGACCCUGGAUGGCUUUGAGAUGGUCAUGCAGGGUCUGACUGUGCUCCCUAAACUACAGAAUUCCUACCGGAUCGACUACAUCUACAGCUUCUCCACACAGGACUAUGUGUACUUCCUGUCUGUCCAGAGGGAGAACUUCCUGGACUCAUAUCAGACGCGAUUGGGCCGUCUCCCAGUGAAGGACACGGAGGCUUGGUUGUACCGUGAGGUGGUGCUGGAGUGUCGCUUCGAGCCCAAACGCAGGCGCAGGAGGAGGGGGAACAAUAUGUUCCAGGACGUGGUGUAUAAUGGGCUGCAGGCGGCCCACUUCAGCCGGGCAGGGAAGGAGCUGGCAGAGGAGCUGGGGGUGAGGGAGAAGGAUGACAUCCUCUAUGGGGUGUUUGCAGUGACAGAUGGCUCUGGAAGGCCGUACAGUAACUCAGCCAUGUGUGCCUUCCCCGUGCCCAACGUGAACAGGGCCAUGGACCACGGAGUGGAGGACUGCUGCAGGGCCAGCCCAGAGCAGCUCUCCAGGGGGCUCUGCCAUUUCCAGCUCUGCGAGAGCUGCCCUCAUGAGGUCAGUGACAGGCCUACUCCGCUCCGCUCUGUUCUGCUCUACUCAGCUCCGCUCUGUUCUGUUCUGCUCUACUCAGCUCUGUUCUGUUCUGCUCUACUCAGCUCUGUUCUGUUCUGCUCAGCUCAGCUCUGUUCUGCUCUACUCAGCUCCGCUCUGUUCUGCUCUGCUCAGCUCCGCUCUGUUCUGCUCUGCUCAGCUCCGCUCUGUUCUGCUCAGCUCCGCUCUGUUCUGCUCUGCUCAGCUCCGCUCUGUUCUGCUCUGCUCAGCUCUGUUCUGCUCUGCUCAGCUCCGCUCUGUUCUGCUCUGCUCAGCUCCGCUCUGUUCUGCUCUGCUCAGCUCUGUUCUGCUCUGCUCAGCUCCGCUCUGUUCUGCUCUGCUCAGCUCCGCUCUGUUCUGCUCAGCUCCGCUCUGUUCUGCUCUGCUCAGCUCCGCUCUGUUCUGCUCUGCUCAGCUCUGCGCCGUUCUGCUCAGCUCCGCUCUGUUCUGCUCUGCUCAGCUCUGUUCUGCUCUGCUCAGCUCCGCUCUGUUCUGCUCUACUGAGCUCCGCUCUGUUCUGCUCUACUCAGCUCUGUUCUGCUCAGCUCAGCUCUGUUCUGCUCUACUCAGCUCUGUUCUGUUCUGCUCUACUCUACUCAGCUCUGUUCUGUUCUGCUCUACUCAGCUCUGUUCUGCUCAGCUCCGCUCUGUUCUGCUCUACUCAGCUCUGUUCUGCUCUGCUCCGUUCUGUUCUGCUCUACUAAUCUCCACUCCACUCUGUUCUGCUCUGCUCUGCUCAGUUCUGUACCAGAAUUGUACCAUAAUUGUGAGAGGAGGAAGUCGGGUGUGUGAGGAUAGGGAGGGAGGGAGGGAGAGACUGAGGGAGGGAGGGAGGUAUGAAUGAAUGAGUCAGAUCCCACCAGUGUAUUACCAUACUGUUGUUCUGCUCUGUUGAAUUCCAAUCAUGACUAUUACCUUACCAUGCUGAAAGGGUGGGAACUGUUGAUACUGCCUGAGUACUAUACAUGAAAGCCCUGCUACCUUUAUUCCUGAAAUCUUGACUAUGUAAGGUUAGGGUAGACUUUACAUAUUAUACGAUGCACAACAUUUUUGAAUGAAGCUGUUUUCUUAAUAUUAUGACUGUGACCAGGUUAUGACAUUAAUUAUAACUUUGAAGAAGAUGAAUGAGGAUAGAAAAUGUAGUGUAUGUAUAGUUGGAAGAAUAGAUCUAGACAGCAGCUGUAUUCAACAAUGGUGUUUGGCUGUGUGAUAUCGGCUAUCAAGGUGUGGCCUUAUCACUGUGACUUUCAAACUUUCCACCUCUGUUGAGCUAAUAGAACCAUGCGGACACCUGCAGGGACGGUGUGCCAACUCAGAGGUUAUAAAUGGUGUUGAUAAAAGAGAAGGAAUUUGAGGGAGUGUAUCCGUGUGCGUGGCUCCUACAUGUUCUAUGAGAGAGAGAGAGAGAGAGAGAGAGAGAGAGAGAGAGAGAGAGAGAGAGAGAGAGAGAGAGAGAGAGAGAGAGAGAGAGAGAGAGAGAGAGAGAGAGAGAGAGAGAGAGAGAGAGAGAGAGAGAGAGAGAGAGAGAGAGAGAGAGACUCCAUUUUAAGUAGCUUGUGUCACUUCAAAGCAUUUUUCUGUCUGACUCAACCAAUAGAAGAGGAGUAGUGUGGGUUACUGUUUAUAAGAAGGGUUACUGUUUAUAAGAAGGGUUACUGUUUAUAAGAAGGGUUACUGUUUAUAAGAAGGGUUACUCAACUUAUUCCAUCUCGGUAGUGUUUAAGCAGAUGACACCAUGAGUUGUCUGCUGUCGUUCGUUAUUACUGUCAUUGGUGUUUACAACUCAAUACUAAAAUACACUGUUAGAAAAGUGUACUGCCAGCCAUAUUGUCAGUGUUAAACAUCUCAACGGAUUAUAGUUGAGUUGUAGGAUCAGGGAAGAUCAGAUAAAGAUGUGUGUAGAAGACACUUAAAGGAAUGGUAAAGAGGCAUGUCAGAGCAGGUUAGCUAAUUGCACUGUGUUGGAGUAGCUUUAUUUAAGUUCUGCUGGGUGGAGGUGGGGAGUGGUUGUGUUGUGGUGGUGGGGAGUGGAUGUGUGGUGGUGGGGAGUGGAUGUGUGGUGGGGGGGGUGGGAUGGUGUGGUGGUGGGGAGUGGAUGUGUGGUUGUGGGGAGUGGAUGUGUGGUGGUGGGGAGUGGAUGUGUGGUGGUGGGGAGUGGAUGUGUGGUGGUGGGUGGUGGUGGAUGGUGGUGUGUGUGUGGGGAGUGGGAUGUGUGGGUGGUGGGGGGGUGGACUGUGUUGUGGUGGGUGGAUGUGGUUGUGUGGUGGAGGGAUGUUGGUGGGGGGACGUGGUUGUGGGUGGGGGGUGGUGGGGAGGGGAGGGGAUGUGUGUGGUGGCGUGGGUGGUGGUGGGGUAGGUGUGUGGUGGGGAGUGGCAUGUGUGUGGGGGGGGUGGUGGGGUGGGGGUGGACUGUGUUGUGGUGGGGAGUGGGUGUGGUUGGGGUGGGGGGGAGUGGCUGUGUUGGUGUUGGUGGGGGUGGUGUGGUGGUGGGGUGGGUGGGGGGCUGUGGUGGUGGGGGGGUGGUGGUGUGUGGUGGGGGGGGAUGUGGUGGUGGGGGUCUGUGUGUGGUGGGGCGUGGUGUGUGGUGGUGGGGCGGGCUGUUGUGUGGUGGGGGUGAGUGGGUGUGGUGGGGCGUGGCUGGGGUGGUGGGGCGUGGGCUGAUGUGGUGGUGGGGUGGCUUGGUGGUGGGGGUGGCUGUGGGGGGUGGGGGUGGCUGUGGGGGGGGGGGGUGUGGUGGUGGGGCGUGGCUGUGGGGGUGGGGUGGUGUGGUGGGGGGGUGGCGUGUGGUGGUGGGGCGGGACUUGGUGUGGGGGCGUGGCUGUGGUGUGGGCUGGUGUGUGGGUGGGGUGGGUGGUUGUGGUGGGUGGCUGUGUGGGUGGGGCGGGGUUGUGGUGGGGGUUGUGGUGUGUUGGUGGGGACGUGGAUGUGUGGUGGUGGGAGUGGAUGUGUUGGGGGGGCGUGGAGUGUGUGGUGGGGAGUGGAUGUGGUGUGGGAUGUGGGUGGGGGGAGUGGGUGGUGUUUUGGUGGGGUGGAUUGUGGUGGUGGGGAUUGUUGUUGCUGUGUGGUGUGGGGGGGGAUGUUGUUGUGGUGGGGAGUGGAUGUGUGGUGGUGGGGAGUGGAUGUGUGGUGGUGGGGAGUGGAUGUGUGGUGGUGGGGAGUGGAUGUGUGGUGGUGGGGAGUGGAUGUGUGGUGGUGGGGAGUGGAUGUGUGGUGGUGGGGAGUGGAUGUGUGGUGGUGGGGAGUGGAUGUGUUGUGGUGGGGGUGGAUGUGUGGUGGUGGUGGUGUGUGUGUGGUGGGGAGUGGAUGUGUGUGUGGUGGGGGGAUGUGUGGUGGAGUGUGUGUGGUGUGGGGAGUGAUGUGUGGUGGUGGGGGGGGAUGUGUGGUGGUGGGGUGUGUGUGUGCGUGUGGGAAGGAGGGAGGGUUGGAUCCGAGGCUGUCUGAAAACAGUAUUAAAACACAUUACAGUUGAACUUUUUGCAGUUUAAUGGAGAAUAUGACAAACGACCAAUACAGUAAGCUCCCAAAGUAUUGGGACAGUGACAAAUGUGUUGUUGUUUUGUCUCUGUACUUCAGCAAUUUGGAUUUGAAAUGAUACAAUGACUAAAGUUACAGACACACAAAUAUCAUACCCCCAGGACAUGCUAACCUCUCACCAUUACAGUAACAGGGGAGGUAAAAAAUGUUUUUGGGGGGGUACGAUAUUUGUGCGUCUGUAACUUUCUCACUCAUCAUUAUUCACGAUUCAUUCAGGAUUAUCCGUAAUCAUGGUAGCAUCCACAUUAAUGUAGAAGUGUUAAGAAACAUAUUAUAUUCUUAUUUACAAAUUAAGUGACUCCAAAAUGGCACAAUGCAUUAUUUACCAUUAAUUUUCAUUGGGCACAAAAUAAUCAGAAACACAACCAAAACAAACAGCAAAUACAUCCAACCAAUUUGUAGAGUCACAAGCUUGAUAUAGUCAUUGCAUGCUAUGAAUAUGGGACCACACACUUAACUUUGUACUACUUUAAAACACAUCUAAGUGGAUUUGUGUCACGAGAAUUUCUAUCUCUAAUACUCAAGCUUUGAAUAAUUCCCAGAGGUUGUAAGACUCUAGUUAAUUAAGAAUUAAACACAUUCUCCAGUCUGCAAUGGAUCAGCAAUUUUAUUCAGAGAGCGCUCUGGCGCUAAAAACACACACAUCCUUUUUAUAUGCAUCCACACAAAGAACUUUGCUCCGCCCACCUUUAGGCGGCCUAUACAUUUCCACAGUAUAGAAUGGUUAAGUUUGACAGUUUCUAGGUCUCCUUUCCCCUGGAAUGUUUGUCUCAGCAGUUUCUACCCCUCUUUUCUGUUAGUGGGUUUAUUGUCUUAUAACUCUAACACAGUUUACAUAGUUAAACAGUAUCAGGGUGGAAUACUUUUAGUCAUUAUAAUAAACAUACAAAUUCAUCUAUCAAUUUGUCCCAAUACUUUUGGUCCCCUAAAAUGGGGGGGACGACUAUGUACAAAAGGUGCUGUAAUUUCUAAACGGUUCACCCAAUAUGGAUGAAAAUACCCUCAAAUUAAAGCUGACAGUCUACACUUUAACAUCAUAGUCAUUGUAUCAUUUCAAAUUCAAAGUUCUGGAGUACAGCGCCAAAACAACAACACAUGUGUCACUGUCCCAAUACAUUUGGAGCUCACUGUAUGUAAUGUAAAAUAAACCAGAGGAUCCACCAACGUAAUAAACCUAAUCUAAAAAGGAAAAUGGAAAAUGUGUGAAAUGACCGUUCAUGUCUGAAUAGUCAGUCAGUAUGAGUAAUCUCUCUAUGUGUGUCUGCAGAGCUCAGAGAACAACGCUACAUGCAUGGUCAAGCCCACCCUGGUGUCUAAGCCAUACUACAGGGUGGACCUCUUCAAUAGGUACAUGAACAACAUCCUGCUCACCUCAGUACUGGUCACCAUCAUCGGGAACAACACUGUGGCACACAUUGGCACUAAGGACGGCAGGCUGUUGCAGGUGUGUGUGUGAUACAGUACAGUAAACUCCUGAAACGUCUGGUGGGAGAAUAUGAUAAUAUAAUAUAUUAAUGAAUGCAGACAGUGAAAGUGGAGGUAGAUGGAGUUAUAUUUCAAAGUUUUACCAUGUGCAUGACUGUCUUUUCUCAAGUAUAAACAUUAUAUAAUCAGUGCUCUCCAAUGACGUUCAUUAGCUCUCUCAGCAUUGUAACCAACAUAAGUAGAACAUAUCACAAGUCCAUUCCUUUCAUAGGUCUGCAAUGGCUUAAUGAUAUAGUUUAUUUGACUGUUGUAGCUCAUCCUGAGGAGGUCAAGUCCCAUCAUCUUUGCCAACUAUUCUCUGGGAGAGGACACCAAGGUGUCCAGGAAAGCAGCUGUGCAAUCUAACGAGUCCUUGCUCUUUGUGGUUGGAAAUAAGGUGCCUUUUCAAUUCAAUCAUAAAUACUUACUGGUAUUCACUUGUUUUUUACUUGUGACUUAUUUUGGCAAUGUGUGACCAUUUCCUCUCUCUCUCUCUCUCUCUCUCUCUCUCUCUCUCUCUCUCUCUCUCGCUCUCUCUGUCUCUCUGUCUCUCGCUCUCUCUCGCUCUCUCUGUCUCUCUCUCUCUGUCGCUGUCUCUCUUUGUCUUUCUUUCUCUAUUCUCUCUCUGUGCCAGAUGUUCAGUGUGUCUCCUAAAGGACCAGGAUGUAAACACUUCCUGACCUGCUCCACGUGUCUGACGGCGCCCAGGUUCAUAGGGUGUGGCUGGUGUUCGGGGGCGUGCACCAGGCAGGAGGAGUGCCUCCUCCAGUGGAAGAGUGAGUCCUGUCCUCCGGUCAUCACGAAGGUAAGACUGCUGGGGGCUGAAGUAGGGAGUUGAAGAGAAGAUGACUCAGCAGAGGGAGGGUCUUGUCUUGUCUUUUCAUCUGAUCAUAAAUGUCAGAACAACGACCACCAAACACGUAGGUCGAAGAAACCAAGACAUUAGCAAUAGGAUAUUUGAAACCGAGUACAGUGCCUUCAGAAGGUAUUCACACCGCUUUACUUUUUCCACAUUUUGUUAUGUUACAGCCUGAAUUUAAAAUGGAUUACAUUGAGAUUUUGUGUCACUGGCCUACACACAAUACCCCAUAAUGUCAAAGUGGAAUUAUGUUUUUAUAAAUGUUUACAAAUUAAUUAAAUGAAAAGCUGAAAUCAAUAAGUAUUCAACCCCUUUGUUAUAGCAAGCUUAAAUAAGUUCAGUAGUAAUAAUUUGCUUAACAAGUCACAAUACGUUGCAUGGACUCACUCUGUGUGCAAUAAUAGUGUUUAACAGGAUUUUUGAAUGACUACCGCAUCUCUGUACCCCACACAUAUAAUUACAGUAUCUGUAAGGUCCCUCAGUCGAGCAGUGAAUUUCAAACACAGAUUCAACCCCAAAAAACAGGGAGGUUUUCCAAUGCCACGCAAAGAAGGGCACCUAUUGGUAGAUGGGUAAAAAAAAAUAGAGAUUGAAAAUCCCUUUGACCAUGGUAAAGUUAUUAAUUACACUUUAGAUGGUUUAUCAAUACACCCAGUCACUACAAAGAUACAGGCGUCCUUCCUAACUCAGUUGCUGGAGAGGAAGGAAACUGCGCAGGGAUUUCACCAUGAGGCCAAUGGUGACUUUAAAACAGUUACAGAGUUAAAUGGCUGUGAUAGGAGAAAACGGAGGAUAUAUCAACAACAUUGUAGUUACUCCACAAUACUAACCUAAAUGACAGAGUGAAAAGAAGGAAGCCUGUACAGAAUAAAAAUAUUCCAAAACAUGCAUCCUGUUUGUAAUAAGGCACUAAAGUAAAACUGCAAAAAAAAAUAGCAUAGAAAUUAAAUUUAUUUCCUGAAUACAAAGCGUUAUGUUUGGGGCAAAUCCAACACAACACAUCACUGAGUACCACCCUUCAUAUUUUCAAGCAUGGUGGUGGCUGCAUCAUGUUAUGGGUAUGCUUGUCAUCGGCAAGGACUAGGGAGUUUUUAGGAUAAAAAGAAACAGAAUAGAUCUAAGCACAGGCAAAAUCCUAGAGGAAAACCUGGUUCAGUCUGCUUUCCAACAGACACUGGAGUUGCUUACCAAGAUGACAUUGAAUGUUCCUGAGUGGCCUAGUUACAGUUUUGACUUAAAUUGGCUUGAAAAUGGCUGUUUAGCGAUGAUCAACAACCAACUUGACAGAGCUUGAAGAAUUUUUUAAAUAAUAAUAUGCAAAUAUUGUACAAUCCAGAUUUGCAAAGCUCUUAAGCCUUGUUCACACUGCAGGCCUUAAUGCUCAAAUCAGUUUAGUUUUUCAAAUCCGUUUUGGACUACUGAAUGUUCAAACAGCAAGUUACAAGUGACCAAAUCGGAUUUGUUUGUGUUCAGCCAGCAGUCAUUUGCAGACAAGGCUACGCUAGUUGUCAUAUUAAUGACGGGUGUGUGUGCAGUUGUGUAGGCUGAUUGGUGGUGGUGCUCAUGCUUCCUAUCACUCAGAAGUUAUGUAGCACGCUAAGGUGACAACGAUGCCUGCCAUGGUCGUUUCUCAGUUGCUUUCAAUGUUCAAAAUCUGCCUUCAGAAAGAACACUUAAAGCCUCAAAGGAUAACAUGAUCCAACUUUCAAAACAAGUCCUUUUUGGCUAGCCACAGCAGUUUAACCUAGCUAGGUAGCUGUUUAACUUUCUAGCACAUUCAUUCGUUUGUUUGUAAACAAUUAACAAGCUAGUUAGCUACCACAUGUUCUUGUCAAACUGGCAACAGACUAGCUAGCAAGCAACAAGAUAUGCUGAAUAACAGUCUAAAUCCCGCUUGAGGGCAAAUAAAUCAGAUUUGAAUGUUCAGACACAAGUCACAUGGCCAGGAAUCAGAUUUGUAUCUUAAUUUAUGUAAACCACCUAUGAAGGUGGUUUGAAAUGUGUCUUGAAAUAUCUGAUUCCAUGUGCUUUUUGGCUGUUCAGGGUACAGGAAAAAGAACAGAUUCAAAUCAGAUUUGCAAAUAAAUAGGGUUUGAGUCACUUCAAACUGCCAAUGUGAACAAGGCUUUAGAGACUUACCCAGAAAGACUCACAGCUGUAAUCACUGCCAAAGUUGAUUCUAACAUAUAUUGACUCAGGGGUGUGACUACUUAUGUAAAUGAGAUAUUUCUGUAUUUCAUUUUCAAUAAAUGUGCAAACAUUUCUAAAAACAUGUUUUCACUUUGUCAUUAUGGGGUAGUAUGUGUAGAUGGGUGAGGAAAAAAAGUAUCAAUUUAAUCCAUUUUGAAUUCAGGCUGUAACACAACAACAUGUGGAAUAAGUCAAUGGGUAUGAAUACUUUCUGAAGGCACUGUAGUUCAGUAUUUGAGGAAAUUAGUUAAGCAUUUGAGGAAGUUUCAACUGCAUCUGAGACAAGUCUUCCUGAUGGUAUUGUAUUGGGGAUCCAGUUUUUCCCAAAGACGGCUCCCCCUGAUGGUGAGACAGAGCUGAGGCUGUGUGGCUGGGAGUUCCAGUCUCCUCUACGACCAGCCAUCAUCAGCGAGGAGACCCACUUGGUGCGAGUGGGAGAGACCCCCUGCACUGUGCUGUCAGAGAAGAGCAAUAGUACACAGUGAGUAACACACACAGACAGACAGAUAGAAUGUAUAGAGAAAAUAAACUCAUCCCAAAUAAACUCUGUGAAACACUUUUAUGCUGAGGCUAUAGGCAUCACUGAUCUUUCUCGCUGACCCUUCCUUCCUAGGCUGGUGUGUAGCCUUCACCCUAAGGUUCCAGGUCCAUCCCAGGAUCUCAACAUCACUGUGGCAGUGCAUGAGGGGAAGGUGAAGGGACGCUACUCAAUCCAAGGCCAUGCCCAAAUGAUAGGGUUCACUUUUGUGGUGAGGAGGAUUACAUUUAUUUUAUUGUUGACACAGUAAAAAACGAAUUUGCAUUAGAGAGGCUUCCAUUAAACAAAACCCUCUGUGUUCUAUUAGAUACAUAACUCUCAAUCCAUGAUAAGGCAGAGGAUGUAAAUCCAGAAAUAACUGACACCCUUAACAUAGAGCUCCAGUCAGUUUUAGAAUGGGUAUCUAGCAAUAGGCUGGUGCUAAAUAUCUCAAAAACUAAAAACUGUGUUUUUGGGACAAAUAACUCAACCCUAAACCUCAACCAGGCAGGUCCUACAGGCCCUAGUUUUGUUGCACAUGGACUAGUGCCCAGUUGUGUGGUCAUGUACGACAAAGAAGGACAUAAGAAAAUUGCAGUUGGUCCAGAACAGAGCAGCAUGUAUUGCACUUAGAUGUACACGGAGGGUGAAUGUCAGUGGUAUGCAUGUCGAUCUCUCCUGGCUCAAAGUUGUGGAGAGAUUGACUGCAACACUAUUGGUCUUUGUGAGAGGUGUUGAUGGGUUAAAGGUACCGAGCUGUCUGUUCAAGCAGUUGGCACACAGUUCGGACACUCAUCAGGACCACAUAAGACAUGCGGUCUCUUCACAGUCCCCAGGUCCAGAGCAGAGGCUGGGAAACACAGUAUUAAAUAGAGCCAUGACUACAUGUAACUCAGGUAACUUAAACUAGCAAUAAAACCAGAUUCAAAAACCAGAUAAAAGAACAUGCAAUUAUCUGGCAACAGCUCUGGUGGACAUUCCUGCAGUCAGCAUGCCAAUUACAAGCUCACUCAAAGCUUGAGACAUCUGUGGCAUUGGGUUGUGUGACCUUUUAUUGUCCCCAGAACAAGGUGCACCUGUGUAAUGAUCAUGGUGUUUAAUCAGCUUCUUGAUUUGCCACACCUGUCAGGUGGAUGGACUAUCUUGGCAAAGGAGAAAUGCUCACUAACAGGGGUGUAAACUAAUUUGUGCACAACAUUAGAGAAAAAUAAGCUUAAUUUCAAGGAUUCUUUUAUUCAGCUCAUGAAACAUGGGACCAACACUUUACAUGUUACGUUUGAUUUUUGUUCAGUGUAUGGCAACAAAAAUAUAAACGCAACAUGCAACAAUUUCAAAGAGUUAAAGUUCACAUAAUCAGUCAAAAUCAGUCAAUUGAAAUAAAUUCAUUAGGCUCUAAUCUAUGGAUUACACAUGACUGGGAAUACAGAUAUGCAUCUGUUCGUCACAGAUACCUUAAAAAAACUGUAGGGGCGUGGAUCAGAAAAUCAGUCAGUAUCUGGUGUGACCACCAUUUGCCUCAUGCAGCACGACACAUCUCCUUCGCAUAGAGUUGAUCCGGCUGUUGAUUGUGGCCUGUGGAAUGUUGUCCCACUCAUCUUCAAUGGCUGUGUGAAGUUGCUGGAUAUUGGCGGGAACUGGAACACACUGUCGUACACAUCGAUCCAGAGCAUCCCAAACAUGCUCAAUGGGUGACAUGUCUGGUGAGUAUGCAGGCCUUGGAAGAACUGGGACAUUUUCAGCUUCCAGGAAUUGUGUACAGAUCCUUGUGAUAUGGGGCCGUGCAUUAUCAUGCUGAAACGUGAGGUGAUGGCGGCGGAUGAAUGGCACGACAAUGGGCCUCAGGAUCUCGUCACGGUAACUCUGUGCAUUCAAAUUGCCAUAGAUAAAAUGCAAUUGUGUUCGUUGUCCAUAGCUUAUGCCUGCCCAUAACAUAACCCCACCGCCAUCAUGGGGCACUCUGUUCCCAACAUUGACAUCAGCAAACCGCUCGCACACACAACUCCAUAAAAGUGGUCUGCGGUUGUGAGGCCAGUUGGACGUACUGCCAAAUUCUCUAAAACGACAUUGGAGGUGGCUUAUAUUAGAGAACUGGACAUUAAAUUCUCUGGCAACAGUUCUGGUGGACAUUCCUGCAGUCAGCAUGCCAAUUGCACCCCCCCUCAAAAUUGUCCCCAGCACAAGGUGCCCCUGUGUAAUGAUCAUGCUGUUUAAUCAGCUUCUUGAUAUGCUACACCUGUCAGGUGGAUGGAUUAUCUUUGCAAAUGAGAAAUGCUCACUAGCAGGUAUGUAAACAACAUUUGAGAGAAAUAAGCGUUUUGUGCAUAUCCAACAUUUCUGAGAUCUUUUAUUUCAGCUCAUGGAUCAUGAGAUCAACACUUGACAUGUUGCGUUUAUAAUUUCGUUCUGUAUGUACAGUACCAGUCAAAAGUUUGGACACACCUACUCAUUCAAGAGUUUUUCUUUAUUUUUACUAUUUUCUACAUUGUAUAAUAAUAGUGAAGACAUCAAAACUAUUAAAUAAUACAUAUGGAAUCAUGUAGUAACCAAAAAAGUGUUAAACAAAUCAAAAUAUAUUUUAUAUUUGAGAUUCUUCAAGCGUGCAAACACAGCCCUCAAUGUGCUCAUGUGAUCAAGCCAGGUAGUUGAAUGAACAACCAGGUCAUCAAGAUAUGCGGUAACAAUCAGGGACAUCAGCCAAUACAAUAUUUUCCAAACGUGGCCGGGGCGUUCCUCAUUCCAAAAGCCAUUACUGUGUACUGGCAGAAACUGUCAGGGGUUACAAAGCAGACACCUCAGAGGCACGAGGGGUUAAAGGCACCUGCCAAUAACCUUUUAACAAGUAAAGUUUAGUAACAUACGCAGCCGAUCCAAUGGUGUCUUUACAGUCGUCCAUGCGAGGUAAAGGGAAUGAGUCAGGUAUAGUAACAUUAUUCACUUGUCUGUAGUCAGUGCAAAACCUUUGAGUCCCGUCAGGCUUUGGAAUCAGCAGACAGGGGGGAACUCCAAGGACUGCCACUGGGGAUUGCCAUCUCAUUUCCCACUAAAUAAGUUACCUCUUUCUUCAUCACUCCCCUCUUGGUUGAAUUCACACGAUAAGGGUGCUGUUUGAUUGGAGCAGCAUCACCUACAUUUAUAUCAUGUUUCAACACAUUUGUACGACUGGGAACAUCCUUAAAGAGACUCGGAAAGUCAGUGAUUAGUAAUUCAAUAUCAGCCCUCUGCUGAUUAUUCAAGUGCAACAAAUGGGAUUGGAGAGACGCUACCAUCUCCGAAUUACAUGAACGAGCACACUGCUCAGGAGUAUUUUGCAUCACCAAACUGUCCUCAUCAUUUACGCUGACUCCUGGGUGGGUAACCAUGCUCACAGAAGCAACAGAGGAUACCACAGGAGGUUUACUGGUAAUGGGGGAUUCGAUACCAACUCUAACAUGAUAGGCUUAAUCAUGUUAAUGUGACAUACCCGAAAUGGGCGUCUACGGUCUGGCAUUUUGAUAACAUAAUCAGUAUCACUGAGUUUUCGCUCCACCAAAUAUGGGCCAGAGAAACUGGAAGAGAGACACGAGCCGGGUACCGGCAACAACACCUUAGACUUGGUCACCUGGUUGAAAAGAACUAGACGCCGUUUCUACAUUAAAGUGACGUUUCAUUUUCUUUUGUGUGGAAGACAGAUUUUCUCUGGCUACAGCACAGGCGUCAUGCAACCGCUCCCGGACUUGACUAACAUAGUCUAGUACAUUAGUAGAGGACCCAACUGAAUCAUCAGCCAUAAUUUGUUCUUUCAGUACCUUGAGAGGCCCUCUCACUGUGUGACCAAAGAUUAGCUCAGCUGGGCUAAACCCAAGAGACUCUUGUACGGUCUCCCGAAUAGCAAACAGCACGUACCACACCCCCUCAUCCCAAUAUUUUUCUGUGUCCAUACAGUAUUUACGCAACAUGGCUUUUAGCGUCUGAUGCCAACGUUCCAGCGCACCCUGACUCUCCGGGUGGUAAGCGCUAGACAUCUGAUGGGACACUGACAAGGACUUCAACAAACUUCCAAACAAUCUCAAUGUAAAAUUAGUGCCUUGAUCCGUCUGUACGAUUUUUUGAAAUCCAAAGGUAGAGAAAUACUUAAUCAGCAACUUCACAAUUGCCUUACUUGUGAUUUUACGUAUAGGAAUCGCCUCUGGGUACCUUGUAGCAGUGCACAUUAUUGUUAACAAGAAUUGAUUACCCGUCUUAGUCCUGGGUAAUGGACCAACACAAUCGAUUAUUACUUUCUCAAACGGCUCUCCCAUGACCGGAAUCGGGCAGAGAGGAGCCGGGGAAAUUACCUGGUUAGGCUUCCCCACCACUUGGCACGUACUACAUGUACGGCAAUAACGAGCUACAUCCCGUUUCAUUCCCGGCCAGAAGAAAAGACGGAGGAUUCGAUCGUAGGUUUUAGUCACCCCUAGAUGACCAGACCAGGGAAUAUCAUGAGCUAGGGACAACACCUUCUUCUGAAACGUGUCAGGAACUACAAUCUGGAAGACGGAACUCCAAUAAUUUUCUAGGUCAGCACGGGGAGUCCAUUUUCUCAUCAAAAGACCCUUCUCAAGGAAAUACGUCACGCCUUUCCUUUUUGCCUCACUCAAAGGUAACAUGGAGGAAAAACAUUUGGCCAAGCCCACAUCCUCUUUCUGGGCAGCUAUUAGCUUCUCCCGAGUAACUGGCAACCUUAAACAGUCCACCGAGGAAGCCAUUGUUUUGUCUUUAUUACCAUCAUCAUAAUCAGAACUCACUGGGAACACAGGAGUAGAACACUGGAUAUCUUCCCCAUUCAACAUAGGUGCAAGCACAGAGUCAGCUAAGUCUACCAUGGUACCUAAGCGACGCGACUGCGCACGCGUAAUGGAACACGCUGGAAAUGCUUCUGGAAACGUAGUGGCCAAAACAUCAGCACUUGACUGAGUAUCAGGCUUGUCCAGCACUUCUAACACAGGCACAACUUUGCCUCCUGCUAGAUCGUUACCCAUGAUUAGAGCAACCCCAUUCACGGGAAGCUCGGACUGUACACCGAUUUUGAAACAUCCACUCACUAGAUCAGAAGUCAAAUGGACAGAAUGUAACGGAACAGGCACACAACCCAUUUCGAUCCCCCUUAAUAAUACACUAGAGCCACAAUAAGACUCCUCUGACCAGGGCAGAACACUCGAGAGAAUUACAGACUGAGCCACACCAGUAUCUCUCAAUAUCAAAACUGUCUUUUGUUCUCCAGAAUCACCUGUCAGUGAAACAAAGCCUUUAAAUAUGAACAGGUAGUACAACCCCAGGACUCUCCUUUAUAGAGCUCUUAGAGUUUACCUUAAUCAAACCCACACUUUUAUGGGGUUUAGGGGUUGAAGGGGGUGACUUGCGUUUUAGAGACAUACAUCCCGAAAUUACGUGUCCGACUUUAUGACAGUAAAAACAUGCGCGUUCCUCCUUUGGAGUCAGCCGUGUACUUCCUGAGUACGGUGGGAAUUGUAGACAGGAGAAGAUACAACCGGUCUAUUCUCACUACGGUGUGUGGGAAACACCAUUUUAUGUGUUAACACAAAUUCAUCUGCAAGCACCGCAGCGUCAGAUAACUUUAACACUUUCUGUUCAUUAAUGUAUACAACCAACCGCUCUGGGAGGCUGUUUUUAAAUUCUUCCAAUAACAUUAAUUCACGAAGACCUUCAAAGUCAUUGAUUUUACUUGCUGAGCACCAUUUGUCAGAGACUCCUUCUCUCUAGCGAAUUCAACAAACGUUUUUAUAGAGGAUUUGGAGUGCUUUCUAAACUUUUGUCUAUAAGCCUCCAGCACCAGCUCAUACCCACGGAGCACAGUAGCCUUAACAAUGUCGUAAUUAAGACUAUCAGCGAGAGAGAGAGUACCCAUCACUUCCUGCGCUUUAACGGACAAUUUACACUGAAGUAACAGAGGCCACACAUCCCUAGGCCAAUUCAAAGCCACUGCUAUACGUUCGAAUGAACAAAAGUAAGAGUCAACCUCAGACUCACGGAAUUGUGGAACUAAAGCAAUAUGCCGGCUAAUGACAAAGGUAGAGGCAGAUCCUGGGGUGGAAAACACACUAGUGGGAACGGCAGGGACAGCGGCCAGCCUCGCCGUCUCUGCCUCUAAUUCCAAUUUGCGCAUUUCAAAGUCCAUCUGCCUUAUCUUAAUGUCCUUUUCUGCUUCCAACUUCAGUCGGCGCAUCUCCAACUUGAGAUAUAGCUCAUCCAUUCGGAAUUGUGCUCUCUCUUCUGCCUCCAGCUGCAGCCGUAGGCAUAGGAGAGAUAGGGUCAAAUCGAGGCAAGGUGGCCGGGGCCUUAUACUCGACCUCAUCAUCGGGCCUAUACGGGGUACCCGGAGUAUCCACCACCUCUCUAUCCGCAGGCCAAGGCAAAACCAACACCUGCUGUUCAAACAGCGCCACUAACACCAAUGCCCUUACCUGCGCCUUAACAAAACCCCUUGGCACGGAGAUAUCUAAAUGGUCUGCCAAAGUCUCUAAAUCCACUCCUACAAUUCUCAAAACCCUCACACAUAGGGUUAUCCAGAAGAAACUUAAGGUUAAAGGUGGCCAUUUUCUAAAUCCACCACCUAAGUACAACAUCCAACACAGAACUAAACACUACACCCAACACAACAACCACACAAUCCACAUCUACCACCAAAGUGUGCGGGCACAAGCUGGAUCAAAGAUCCCGGACGAGCCCCCAUGUUACGUUCUCCCCUCGGGUGUAGUUCGUCUGAGGAGGAGACGUAAAUGCCUGUGCCUGCGCACACAAGGUAAACUAGAUGGAUGGGGAAGAAAUGUGGGGUGUAACUAACUAAAAUAAUCAGACACUACAACCAGAACUCAAUGUUAGCCGUCGGGGGACGUUUAGUAAGUUACUAAACAAAAUAACAUACAACACCCAUAAAGAAGCCGUACUAAAACAAAGAUCAAUCAAACAAACCAGGGAAGGUAAGAGAAGGGAAUGUUUGGGAACGGGGUCCAAGUAAUGAAAAUAAACAAACGGUCCCUCCUCUUCUAGACACCCAAUCCUUCCUAUCACACUCUAAGCCUUAUCCAGCUUUCCUACCUGUUACCACAAAUACAGGGGUGACACCCGCCCGGCUAACCUAGUGUGUAAAACAGUGGGUUAUCUAUGUGUGAAUGUACACCCAUGGGCAGAACUACCUUUCCCUUCUCCAGGACCCAGGUAGGGUGGAAUACAGCAGGAGGACAGGCUGGAACACAAACAAAGAUCAAUCAAAACAACCAAUAACCAAAUCCACAAACAGCCAAACAAAAAGUGCCCUCUCUCACGACAAACAGUUUAUACUCUAGUCAAUCAGCCACAGCUGCCAGGACUCCGGACCGAAGCCACACCCACCAUCGUCAGCCGCAACUCAGCACACCUGUAAUGACCAGAACACACAAACAGAACAACCACUCUGAACCACACACUACAAAGGAAGAUUGGGAGAAAGAAAAACAUGUAACACGUAACACCCACCGUAAAGCAUGGAAGAGGAGGUGUUAUGGUGUGGGGGUGCUUUGCUGGUGACACUGUCUGUGAUUUAUUUAGAAUUCAAGGCACACUUAAUCAGCAUGGCUACCACAGCAUUCUGCAGCAAUACGCCAUCCCAUCUGGUUUGGGCUUAGUGGGACUAUCAUUUGUUUUUCAACAGGACAAUGACCCAACACACCUCCAGGCUAUUUAAGCGCUAUUUUGCCAAGAGGGAGAGUGAUGGAGUGCUGCAUAAGAUGACCUGGCCUCAACCAAAUUGAGAUGAUUUGGGAUGAGUCGGACCGCAGAUUGAAGGAAAAGCAGCCAACAAGUGCUCAACAUAUGUGGGAACUCCUUCAAGACUGUUGGAAAAGCAUUCCAGGUGAAGCUGGUUGAGAGAGUGCCAAGAGUGUGCAAAGCUGUCAUCAAUGCAAAGGGUGGCUAUUUGAAGAAUCUCAAAUAUAAAAUAUAUUUGGAUUUGUUUAACACUUUUUUGGUUAUUACAUGAUUCCAUAUGUGUUAUUUCAUAGUUUUGAUGUCUUCACUAUUAUUCUACAAUGUAGAAAAUAGUAAAAAUUAAGAAAAACCCUUGAAUGAGUAGGUGUUCUAAAACUUUUGACCAGUAGUGUAUGUAAAUAUGUAUGUAUGUAACUGCCAAAUUAAAGGAAACAGCUGAGUAAAUGAGGGAUACAAAGUAUAUUGGAAGCAGGUGCUUCCACACAGGUUUAUAUAUAUAUAUGUGUGUACACUACCUUUCAAAAGUUUGGGGUCACUUAGAAAUGUCCUUGUUUUCGAAAGAAAAGCAAUUUUUUUGUCCAUUAAAAUAACGUCAAAUUGAUCAUAAAUAUAGUGUAGACAAUGUUAAUGUUGUAAAUGGCUAUUGGAGCUGGAAACUGCUGAUUUGUAAUAAAAUUAUCUACAUAUGCGUACAGAGGCCCAUUAUCAGCAACCAUCAGUCCUGUGUUCCAAUGGCACGUUGUGUUUGCUAAUCCAAGUUUAUCAUUUUAAAAGGCUAAUUGAUCAUUAGAAACCCUUUUGCAAUUAUGUUAGCACAGCUGAAAACUGUUGUGCUGAUUAAAGAAGCAAUAAAACUGGCCUUCUUGAGACUAGUUGAAUAUCUGGAGCAUCAGCAAUUGUGGGUUCGAUUACAGGCUCAAAAUGGCAAGAAACGAAUAACUUUCUUCUGAAACUCGUCAGUCUAUUCUUGUUCUGAGAAAUGAAGGCUAUUCCAUGCGAGAAAUUGCCAAGAAACUGAAGAUCUCGUACAACGCUGUGUACUACUCCCUUCACAGAACAGCGCAAGUUGGCUCUAACCAGAAUAGAAAGAGGAGUGGGAGGCCCUGCUGCACAACUGAGCAAGAGGACAAAUACAUUAGAGUGUCUAGUUUGAGAAACAGACGCCUCACAGGUCCUCAACUGGCAGCUUCAUUAAAUAGUACCCGCAAAACACCAGUGUCAACGUCAACAGUGAAGAGGCGACUCCGGAAUGCUGACCUUCAGAGUUGCAAAGAAAAAGCCAUAUCUCAGACUGGCCAAUAAAAAGAAAAGAUGAAGAUGGGCAAAAGAACACAGACACUGGACUUUUUCUUUGCAACUCUGCCUAGAAGGUCAGCAGCCCGGACUGAUGGUUGCUGAUGGUUGCUGAUAAUGGGCCUCUGUACGCCUAUGUAGAUAUUCCAUUACAAAUCAGCCGUUUCCAGCUAGAAUAGCCAUUUACAACAUUAACAAUGUCUACACUGUAUUUCUGAUCAAUUUGAUGUUAUUUUAAUGGACAAACAAAUUGCUUUUCUUUCGAAAACAAGGACAUUUUUACGUGACCCCAAACGUUCGAACGGUAGUGUAUAUAUUUCAUUCACCCUAAUGACUACUUUUCUAUCCAGGAGCCAAGUAUCACAGAAAUCACUCCUGACUACGGGCCUCAAAUAGGGGGAACCUUGGUCACAGUGACAGGGCCUCACUUGAAUGCUGGGAUGAUAAAGACUGUGUCUAUAGGAGACCAGGACUGCCCCGUCAAGAGGUAAUUAUGGGCAUCAACCUCUCUGUUUUCAUUGGUUUCUGCUGUGUUCUUUUCUCUCACAAGGUCUCUCAUUGCAACUAAAGAAUAUGUCCCUUUCUUAGUAUGUGUCUAUCUGUAUCUACGGUAUAUCAGUGUUCAUAAUAUGACGUUUUUGUCCCGCUCGGUACGGUGUCUCUGCCAGUGUCUCUGAGGGUACUGGGACCAUGUCCUCCAUAGUCUGCCUGUCCAAAGGGUUGGCAGUGGUGAAGAAGGUGCCUGUCAGGGUUUUCAUUGACCAAUCCCAAGUGUCUACUACGAAGAUGUUUCACUACAAGAAGGACCCUGUGAUCACUGUGAUACAGCCAGCCUGCAGCUUCACAAGGUAGGCCAUACUUAAUCUCGUUUACCCACAAGUCAAAUUCUCGCAAAAUUGUCACUUCCUGAAUCUGUCCACGAGAGAUUAGGCCGUGCUAUACUCACUGGCCAGCUGGCAUCAUCUGGGUGCUUCAGGGCUUAGCUGUCUGACCAAUGCGCUGCUUUAUAGAACUGUAGAAAAGGGUUGAAAAGACAGUUGAUAGCAGGCAUAGUGCAUAGUGUUAGAUACAAUGACAGAACAGCCAGUAAUAAGGCAUGUGUAUUCAGUGCAGUGCCUACACUUUUAGCUGUGCAGGAAAUGUUCAACCUCUCUUGAGACAAUCAGGUCAAUCUAAGUGAGGAUAUGGUGAUAGACAGGCCAACAGAAAUAGACAUGCUGAGACCUGUUGUGGGUCCAUUUGUGGGUCUCAUUUCAGCAACUGCCACAAAAAUAAUAAAGAAUAAACUGCAAAUAGUGCUGGUUUCCCCACAAUGUACAGUCAGCAUCAGUGACCUCUAACACCAAGUCUAUAUUUGUUUGUUUUUAUUUGUUGAAUCUUGUGAUUAAGUGGAUCCAAAAUCAUAAUCAAAGGCGACAAUCUGGACUCUGCGUACAACACUGUGAUCCUCUACAAAUCCCACAACCCCUCCCAGAAUCUUCUGCAGCGUGUAAGUUAUCCUCUAGGAUUAACAACCCCGGGCCUCAUAAACCUAACAUUGGGAUAACAUCUAUGAAAUGUCAGUAAAUUACCCCCAGAAUACUGUUAUUGACAUUAUUUGAUGUCUUGAAUGUAACCCAGGUCUGCAACGGCACAGCAACCCCCACACGUAUGGAGUGCUUCGCCCCUGUUUUCCCCAGUAAUGAGACAGACAAGGGCAUCAUCACUAUCAACAUGGACGGGGCCAACAAACUCCUGGUGAAGCACUUCGACUACCAACCAGACGCCAGCAUCACCCCCUUUGAGUAUGAAGGCAACAUACUGAGCCUGAGCCCUGGACAAACUGAGGUUUCACUGCAUGUACGUUCACAAUUAUACACACAGGCAUCAUCAACCAGCUAGGUAGACAGUCAAUCAAUCACCAUGGUUUUCAACCAGUACAGUAACUCUAGUAACUCUACAUUGAACAAUUGAUUAAUGUGUAAAUCCGACCAUGACUGUUGUACAAGUAGUUGAUUUCUUCGUAUCUUAGGUCCCAGCGGGCAAAGCUGAUUGGUUGAAAUAACGUCAUUGCAAGUAAAUAAUACCAAGGCUCCAAUAAGUACCACAAUGAGUCUUGCUCUGCCAUGUUCUGCAGCACAACAAGCUGAGCAUGGUGAGUCCCUGUAUGGAGAUUACAAUGACCAUCGGAGGUGUGGACUGUGGCGUCCAGGUACUGGACAACGAACUGACCUGCAGGAUCCCCAAGGAUCUCAUCAUCCCCAGUGAAGGGUCACCUGUCAGGGUGAGCUACUCUACUUACUGUAAUGGUUAACCUAAUUGAACUUAACCCUUAGUUAACCAUUAUCAUGCCUGUUCUAUAGUAAACCGAACUGGGCCAUUAGUAACAGUUGUCAUAAAGAAAACAGGUUUUGGGUCAAUUCCAUUUAAAUUAAUUGGAAUUAGAAUUUCAGUUUACAUUGACUGAAUUGAAAUGGAAUUGACCCUAACCUUAAAAGCAAGCCAUCAAUCCAUGAGUAAACUGGUCCUAAAGUAAAGUAAUAUAAAAACGAUCCUAAAGUCUGAGUGAUAUCCUGGUUUCUGUCCCAGGUGUCUGUGAAUGGGCGUGCCUAUGAGGUGGGCACUGUGGUCUUCAUCAGCAACACCGUCAACACAGUGGGUGUGGUGAUGGGGAUCUUUGCUGCGUUGUGCUUUGGCGCUUCCCUGGCGUUCAUCGCCAUGAAACAUGUGAUGAGAAAAAAGAAAGGUGAGAACCAUUACUGUCCGUGGGAUUCGCUACCAUGGGAUUACCAUGGGAUUACCAUGGGAUUACCAUAAGAUUCGCUUUCACCUACCAUUACAGUUGUAGGAGAUUAAUUUGAUAACCCUGUUGCAGGAGAACUUUCCUGCAAUGCAGGACAUGUUAAACUUGUAGUGUAUUUGAGGUUUAAACAGACUUCUGAAGUUUGUAAUUUCCAUUUUUAAAUUCAACCUAUAAAAAUAAAUCCAUUAAUUAUAAUCCACAUAAUAAUAUACAUUUCCUGUUGCUGCAAAUGGCUCAAAUUAAGAUCCUACAUCUGUACUCUUGUAGUAUGUAAUCCAGAAUGUGUGCAUUUUAAGACAUUUUUGCUUUGAUUUAAGUAUGUAUAUGACAAUGCAUUAAUUGUGUUGAUUUAGAAAUUUCAGCCAACGUAGAGUUUCGUUUAGCAAGGAUGUCCGUCCGCAGCAGAAUAGACAACAACCCUGACCUAUCCCCCACAGGUGACUAUAGACGAGGUGAGACCCUUGAUGUGAUAACUUAUUAUGAUUCAUCAAUCUUGUUAUUCAUUCAUUCAAUCAAUGGUUUUUCUUGCUGUUUCCUCUGUACUCCAGACCUGUCCAACCAGCCGAGCCAGACGACAGGCUCAGGAGGGAUAGCCUUCCAUGGCCUGGUCUACACUGCCGCCUUUGACCCCUCGGCCGUGCCUCUGAUCUCAUUGGACACCCUGAGACCUGAGCUCCUGGAGGAGGUCAGAGACGUCCUGAUCCCAGCCGACACGGUCAACGUUCACCGCAACCAGAUCAUUGGUAAAGGUAUGGAUAGAGCGGUCCCAGAUCUGUCCUAUGGUCAUUGUAACGCCAAACAGAUCGGGACCUCCUCAGACACUGAGAGAAGAAACAUGCUUCUGGUAGUCAUCUUCAAUUCAAUAGUAUCCAGCCAUUUCUAUUUCCACUCAAUCACAUGUUCAUUCUUUUUUCAUUUAAAAUAUGUAACUAGACUAGAGCAAUAUCCCCAAAAACACUGAUGUCAUUUUGUUGUUAUUCAGGUCAUUUUGGCACUGUGUACCACGGCUACCUAACAGACAGCAAGAACCAAGAACAGUUAAUCCACUGUGCUGUUAAAUCAUUGAACAGUAAGUGGAUUAUUUAAAUUCUGUUUGGCUGAGCCCUCUUGCCAUAAACAACUAUGCUAGUCAUUUGCUGUGUGUAUAUCCUGCUAGUUUCAUGUAGAACAAUGCUCUCUCGUGCUCUCUCUCGCUCUCAGGGAUCACAGCCCUGGAGGAGGUGGAGCAGUUCCUGAGAGAGGGCAUCCUGAUGAAGGAGUUCCACCACACCAACGUUUUGUCCCUGUUGGGCAUUCUUCUGCCUCAGGAUGGGCUCCCCCUGGUGGUGCUGCCCUAUAUGAAACAUGGAGACCUGCGCCACUUUAUACGCUGCGAAAGGAGGGUAAGUCAAACUAUAGGGCCUUUCUUUGUCAAAGUAAAUGGAAAGAAUCACCAGAUUUAACUGAUACCUAACCUUUUUCACUGGUGUAGUGAAGAUUACUGCAAGUGCUUAGGUUUUAUUAAUGAUAUCUCACCAACAACUCCUCUGUUCUACUCUUUCUCUUCUCCUCCAGAACCCAACGGUGAAAGACCUGAUUGGCUUUGGGCUGCAAGUUGCCAAAGGGAUGGAGUACCUGGCCCAGAAGAAGUUUGUACACAGAGACCUGGCAGCUCGGAACUGCAUGUAAGUCCAGGGCAGGCCUGUCACUCAUACCUUUGGACACUCCAACACACACACACAAACACUCACUCCAUCAGGGGAUUGGAAGUGAUGCAGACAAUUACAUUGAUGGAAGUUAUAAUCUAUCGGCAAUAUUAAAGCUGAUCUACCCCCUACAAAAAAAAAGAAAAGAAAAAAUGAAACACUCUCACUCCAUCAUAAUAUGCACAUACAUUUAUACUGACUCUAAACACACCCACUCACGUACAAUCAUCAUAUACGCUGCUGCUACUCUGUUUAUCAUAUAUCCUGAUGCCUAGUCACCUUACCCCUAUACAUACAGUAUCUACAGUGGGGAGAACAAGUAUUUGAUACACUGCCGAUUUUGCAGGUUUUCCUACUUACAAAGCAUGUAGAGGUCUGUAAUUUUGAUCAUAGGUACACUUCAACUGUGAGAGACAGAAUCUAAUCCAGAAAAUCACAUUGUAUGAUAUUUAAGUAAUUAAUUUGCAUUUUAUUGCAUGACAUAAGUAUUUGAUACAUCAGAAAAGAAGAACUUAAUAUUUGGUACAGAAACCUUUGUUUGCAAUUACAGAGAUCAUACGUUUCCUGUAGGUCUUGACCAGGUUUGUACACACUGCAGCAGGGAUUUUGGCCCACUCCUCCAUACAGACCUUCUCCAGAUCCUUCAGGUUUCGGGGCUGUCGCUGGGUAACACAGACUUCCAGCUCCCUCCAAAGAUUUUCUAUUGGGUUCAGGUCUGGAGACUGGCUAGGCCACUCCAGGACCUCCAGACCUCCAGGAUGCUUCUUACGGAGCCACACCUUAGUUGCCCUGGCUGUGUGUUUCAGGUCGUUGUCAUGCUGGAAGACCCAGCCACGACCCAUCUUCAAUGCUCUUACUGAGGGGAGGAGGUUGUUGGCCAAGAUCUUGCGAAACAUGGCCCCAUCCAUCCUCCCCUCAAUACGGUACAGUUGUCCUGUCCCCUUUGCAGAAAAGCAUCCCCAAAGAAUGAUGUUUCCACCUCCAUGCUUCACGGUUGGGAUGGUGUUCUUGGGGUUGUACUCAUCCUUCUUCUUCCUCCAAACAUGGCGAGUGGAGUUUAGACCAAAAAGCUCUAUUUUUGUCUCAUCAGACCACAUGACCUUCUCCCAUUCCUCCUCUGGAUCAUCCAGAUGGUCAUUGGCAAACUUCAGACGGGCCUGGACAUGCGCUGGCUUGAGCAGGGGGACCUUGCGUGCGCUGCAGGAUUUUAAUCCAUGACGGCGUAGUGUGUUACUAAUGGUUUUCUUUGAGACUGUGGUCCCAGCUCUCUUCAGGUCAUUGACCAGGUCCUGCCGUGUAGUUCUGGGCUGAUCCCUCACCUUCCUCAUGACCAUUGAUGCCCCACGAGGUGAGAUCUUGCAUGGAGCCCCAGACCGAGGGUGAUUGACCGUCAUCUUGAACUUCUUCCAUUUUCUAAUAAUUGCACCAACAGUUGUUGCCUUCUCACCAAGCUGCUUGCCUAUUGUCCUGUAGCCCAUCCCAGCCUUGUGCAGGUCUACAAUUGUAUCCCUGAUGUCCUAAACAGCUCUCUGGUCUUGGCCAUUGUGGAGAGGUUGGAGUCUGUCGGAUUGAGUGUGUGGACAGGUGUCUUUUAUACAGGUAACGAGUUCAAACAGGUGCAGUUAAUACAGAUAAUGAGUGGAGAACAGGAGGGCUUCUUAAAGAAAAACUAACAGGUCUGUGAGAGCCGGAAUUCACACUGGUUGGUAGGUGAUCAAAUACUUACGUCAUGCAAUAAAAUGCAAAUGAAUUACUUAAAAAUCAUACAAUGUGAUUUUCUGGAUUUUUGUUUAAGAUUCCGUCUCUCACAGUUGAAGUGUACCUAUGAUAAAAAUUACAGACCUCUAUAUGCUUUGUAAGUAGGAUAACCUGCAAAAUCGGCAGUGUAUCAAAUACUUGUUCUCCCCACUGUACCUCUAUCGAGCCAGUAUCCCUGCACAUUGUAAAUAUGGUACUGGAACUGACUGAUCCUCUAUAUAUUAUGCUUACUUACUUUCUCCUGUUCUUCUUUUUAUUUAUUGUGUGUUUUUGUUCUACCUUAUUUUUAGUGUUACAUUGUUAUUGACUAUUGUGUUGUUGGGUUUGGAUCUUGCAAGAAAGGCAUUUCACUGUACUAGUGCAUGUGACAUUAAAACUUGAAACUAAUGUAAAUACUAUUUCUCAAUCCAGGACCUGGCUGUACCAUCUUAAAUAUCUGUCUAUUAUCAUCUAUUAUCUAUUGUCUCUUUAGGCUUGAUGAAACGUUCACGGUGAAGGUAGCAGACUUCGGCAUGGCCAGAGAUGUGUUUGACAAGGAGUACUACAGCAUCCAGGACCACAAGAAGGCCAAGCUUCCAGUCAAGUGGAUGGCCAUAGAGAGCCUGCAGACACAGAAGUUCACCACUAAGUCAGACGUGGUCAGUGGACAUGGCCUUAGUUAACAUACUCUGUAUACUUGAUCUGUCUUGACUCUUUAUCCCUUGUCUUCACAGUGGUCAUUUGGGGUCCUGAUGUGGGAGCUGUUGACCAGAGGAGCUAGCCCCUAUCCUGAUGUGGACCCCUAUGACAUCACACACUUCCUGUUGAAGGGGCGCAGGCUGCCCCAGCCACAGUUCUGCCCUGACGCCCUGUAAGUGGUUCUGGUCUCAUUUUCUACGUAAUCUAAGAAUUGGAAAGAAUUCUCUCUGAUGAGCUUGGUUGUUGAUGGCAGUUGUUGUUUUUCUAGGAACAAUUGGUUGUUGAUGGCGGUUGCCAUUGCUUUACAGCUACUCUGUCUUGGUUGUUGAUGGCGGUUGCCAUUGCUUUACAGCUACUCUGUCUUGGUUGUUGAUGGCGGCUGUUGUUUCUCUACAGGUACUCAGUCAUGCUGGAGUGCUGGGACCCAGAGCCGGAGCUCAGGCCUGACUUCCACACGCUGGACCAGGAGGUGCUGGAGAUCCUGUCCUACCUUGAGGGAGAGCACUACAUCAGUCUUAAGGUGACCUACGUCAACCUGGACCAGCCACGGCCCUACCCCGCCCUGACCGCCUCCGCUGACGAGGCUGAAGCCUCGUUUGGAUCAGAGUCAGACAGCGUUGUGUCCAGCUGAGGACCACGGCACCUCAGGGGUCAACAGAACUGACUGGACCAGACCAGAACUGACUGGACCAGAACUGACUGGACCAGACCAGGACAGGGACAGUAGAAAGAGGUCAGAGGGCACGGAUGGGGGCAUGACCAUUUACCAAAGAUGGAUGGCUUCUCCUUUUCCUAUCCACGAUGCAGUAUGCAGAAAGAUUCCCAUCCACGAUGCAGUAUGCAGAAAGAAUCCCAUCCACGAUGCAGUAUGCAGAAAGAUUCCCAUCCACGAUGCAGUAUGCAGAAAUAAUCUUGCACUUCAGUUACUCCAGAUUGGAUUGUGAAGGAAUAGAACAUUGACUAUUGACUAAGGAGACCUUGUGAAAUUUGUCCACUUGUGUGAGCAUUGACACAGAAUUUCAAUGGCGUUUCCCCCACCUUGUGAGUACACAAAUUAUGACUAUAUCAUAUUUUUGUUUACUUUAAAUGCUUUUAUUUUUUUUAUGGUAGGUUUUCAGGUGGAGAAAUGGUAUUUAUGGGACACCAAGUGAGCCCUCUCUAUGUCUGAAUCACAGCUUUAAAUAUGAACAAAUGAAUGUAAAUGUCUGAAAUGUGGAUAUGUUAUGCUAAUUAAUGACUAUGAUUUGAGCUUGACAUUAAUACACUGCUCAAAAAAAUAAAGGGAACACUAAAAUAACACAUCCUAGAUCUGAAUGAAUGAAAUAAUCUUAUUAAAUACUUUUUUCUUUACAUAGUUGAAUGUGCUGACAACAAAAUCACACAAAAAUUAUCAAUGGAAAUCAAAUUCAUCAACCCAUGGAGGUCUGGAUUUGGAGUCACCCUCAAAAUUAAAGUGGAAAACCACACUACAGGCUGAUCCAACUUUGAUGUAAUGUCCUUAAAACAAGUCAAAAUGAGGCUCAGUAGUGUGUGUGGCCUCCACGUGCCUGUAUGACCUCCCUACAACGCCUGGGCAUGCUCCUGAUGAGGUGGCGGAUGGUCUCCUGAGGGAUCUCCUCCCAGACCUGGACUAAAGCAUCCGCCAACUCCUGGACAGUCUGUGGUGCAACGUGGCGUUGGUGGAUGGAUCAGGUCUGGGGAACGGGCGGGCCAGUCUAUAGCAUCAAUGCCUUCCUCUUGCAGGAACUGCUGACACACUCCAGCCACAUGAGGUCUAGCAUUGUCUUGCAUUAGGAGAAAUCCAGGGCCAACCGCACCAGCAUAUGGUCUCACAAGGGGUCUGAGGAUCUCAUCUCGGUACCUAAUGGCAGUCAGGCUACCUCUGGCGAGCACAUGGAGGGCUGUGCGGCCCCCCAAAGAAAUGCCACCCCACACCAUGACUGACCCACCGCCAAACCGGUCAUGCUGGAGGAUGUUGCAGGCAGAAGAACGUUCUCAUUGCGUCUCCAGACUCUGUCACGUCUGUCACAUGUGCUCAGUGUGAACCUGCUUUCAUCUGUGAAGAGCACAGGGCACCAGUGGCGAAUUUGCCAAUCUUGGUGUUCUCUGGCAAAUGCCAAACGUCCUGCACGGUGUUGGGCUGUAAGCACAACCCCCAACUGUGGACGUCGGGCCCUCAUACCACCUUCAUGGAGUCUGUUUCUGACCGUUUGAGCAGACACAUGCACAUUUGUGGCCUGCUGGAGGUCAUUUUGCAGGGCUCUGGCAGUGCUCCUCCUGCUCCUCCUUGCACAAAGGCGGAGGUAGCAGUCCUGCUGCUGGGUUGUUGCCCUCCUACGGCCUCCUCCACGUCUCCUGAUGUACUGGCCUGUCUCCUGGUAGCGCCUCCAUGCUCUGGACACUACGCUGACAGACACAGCAAACCUUCUUGCCACAGCUCGCAUUGAUGUGCCAUCCUGGAUGAGCUGCACUACCUGAGCCACUUUUGUGGGUUGUAGACUCCGUCUCAUGCUACCACUAGAGUGAAAGCACCGCCAGCAUUCAAAAGUGACCAAAACAUCAGCCAGGAAGCAUAGGAACUGAGAAGUGGUCUGUGGUCACCACCUGCAAAACCAGUCCUUUAUUGGGGGUGUCUUGCUAAUUGCCUAUAAUUUCUACCUGUUGUCUAUUCCAUUUGCACAACAGCAUGUGAAAUGUAUUGUCAAUCAGUGUUGCUUCCUAAGUGGACAGUUUGAUUUCACAGAAGUGUGAUUGACUUGGAGUUACAUUGUGUUGUUAAAGUGUUCCCUUUUUUUUUUUUGAGCAGUGUAUGUUUAAUAGGAUGGAUUUCAAUUUUUUCAGUCAGAUUUGCUCACUUCUUUGCUGGCAUCCAAUGAUAUGUCUAUGGCUGCGUUUACACACUGAUCUUUUUGCCACUAUUGGUCUUUUGACCAAUCAGAUCUUUUGACAAUAAUGGGCUAAAGAUCAGAAUUGUGCUGCAUGUGUAAACACAGCAUUAGAGAUGGUCAUUUGUGUUGAUGAUCAUUUGAUUUAUGGUAUGAAAUGUGUCCACUAACUAAACUGGUCAACUUUGCUGCAUUUACACAGGCAGCCCAAUUCUGAUAUUUUUUCACUAACUAAUUGGUCUUUUGGCCAAUCAGAUCUGGAAAAUAUCUGAUGUGAAAAGAUCUUAUGUGAUUGUCAAAAGAAUAAUUAGUGGGGGAAAAAUCUGAAUUGGGCUGCCUGUCAACUCAGCUCUUGAGAUUCACAAGGACACGCUUCUGAGAGGAUAGUUCAGUUAGCCAUCCUCGUGAAGGGGUAAACUUUAAAUUGCCCUUCCUCUUCAGAGAAAAUAAUAAUAGGAAUACUAAUUGAUACUCAGGGAGUCAACAUAUACAUUUGUCCAGUUUGAGAAAUAAACCUGCCUUUUAUUAAAGGGGCAGUCUGGGAUGCUACAUCAAUUUUUGGACUUCUAAAUGAAUUAUGCUGUAUAUACCCAUUGAUUCUUCAGAAAUAUAACUUAGAAAUGCCUCAUGAGUUUAGUUCAACUGCCGCUCCCCAUCAGAACCCAAAAUAUAAGCUUGUUUUACUCCAUUGUAAACAAUGUAAUUUUAAACAAACACUGUAUAGCCUCAAAACAUGGUUAAAACGAUACUUUUGAUAUCAUGGAUGGUCAGUCCUUGUAUUCAUAGCUCUGUAUGAAUUUGAGAGUGGUUAAAAUUCUCCAGCCCCAUCCCUCAGCUGUUUACCAAAACAAGGAGGGGGUGCCCAGCUUUGUUGUUGUUUGAACUGCAGAUUGCCCUUUUAACUCUGAGCUGAAGUAUGCCACUCAUUUCAUACUGCUUGUUACUCUUUGAAUCCAUCACUAGAGGUCAGUAAAAACCUUUGUCACUAGUCCAUUUGCUGCAGUAUUCUGCACCUCAUCAGACCAAGGUACACACCAGACCUUUGUUACGACAAUCUAUGUUUCACACUACAAUGCUGAAAGGAGAUAAGAGGGGUGCUUAUUUUGUCUGCGUAAGGAAAUGGUUAUGAUUGGCGCUGGCAGACCGUUGUCUGUGCUGAAAUCUCAGGACUCCCAAUAGCCUCUGUUCUCUUGUUUAUUUCAGUCACUAGAUGUGUAAUCACCUCCAACUGUGCUCGUCUUGUGGAUUGUUUUAGUGACAUCAAUCAGUCUGUGCGUUUGUAUCAACAUGAAGAAAGUAAAACAUUAGAUUUAACACAGCCAAUCUCAGAUGAGUGGUUUCUGUACAGUAUCCAUGAAUACAGGUGUUCAUGAGAGAUGGGUUUUGGGUUAUUGCUUAUACUGAAGGGUUUGAAGUAUUCCACAGACUUGUAGGAUCUCUCUCCUCUGAGCCUCCCACUGAGCAGAGCUGGAGAUACUCUCACUGCAGAGAUGAUGAUGAUACGUUUACCUGUCAUAAACACCAUCACACUGUGGAGCUAUUGUAAACAGCAGCCUCUCAAUGUGCUGUGUGUGUGUGUGUGUGUGAGUUUGUGUGUGUGCACGCACAUGUGUGAGAGUGUUUAUGUUUUAUGUUAACCUUUUCAAUUGGGCACUCUUGAAAGCUUCCUCAGUGGUCUUCGAAAAGGUUGACGACCUGCACUGUACACUAUAUUACAAUGUCCUAUUAUGACAGAAUGCAACAAUAGGUUAACCUUGGUAUGAAGAGGCUUUUAUGUAAACAGUUCCACAUAAUGUUCCACAGUGUUGUAGACUGCAGUUCUGAAUCAUGCUUUUCUGCGGCUACAUGGUCCUUGAGACAAGUGUUUUGUAAUUCAAUCUGGAAUGGCGAUCAGAGAAAUGCUACUAAUGCUAUAAUGACUGAUGUACAAACUUUGAUUUUUGAUUUGAUUUGUUAGGAUCCUCAUUAGCCGAUGCCAAUGGGCGACAGCUAGUCUUACUGGGGUCUGAUAUAUAACGAAAAAGACAUUACAGUCAAAAUAGAAUUUACAUACAUUUAAAAACAAUAACAUGUUGUGUGUGUGUGCAUCUAUCAGUUACACAUACGUGUCAGUGCCUACACACAAGUAGGUCACAUGGGGGAGAGGCCUGGGGCGUGAGGUGUUGCUUUACGUCAGGUUCGAGUUGCCAAACGUCAGGCUCGAAACCUUAAUGACUUGGAGAAGAUCUGCAAAGAGGAGUGGGACAAAAUCCCUCCUGAGAUGUGUGCAAACCUGGUGGCCAACUACAUGAAACGUCUGACCUCUGUGAUUGCCAACAAGGGUUUUGCCACCAAGUACUAAGUCAUGUUUUGCAGAGGGGUCAAAUACUUAUUUCCCUCAUUAAAAUGCAAAUCACUUUAUAACAUUUUUGACAUGCGUUUUUCUGGAUUUUUUUGUUGUUAUUCUGUCUCUCACUGUUCAAAUAAACCUACCAUUCAAAUUAUAGACUGAUCAUUUCUUUGUCAGUGGGCAAACGUACAAAAUCAGCAGGGGAUCAAAUAUUUUUUUCCCUCACUGUACAGCUUUACUAGGUCUUUCUUUGCAGCACAUGACCAUAUGACUGGACAGUUAUCAAGAUAAGAUCAAACUAGAGCCUGCAUUUCUGCCUUUGUGGAGCGUGGUGUCAAAAAAGCAGAGCAUCUCUUUAUUACGGACAGACCUCUCCCCAUGUUUACAACCAUUGAAUCUAUAUGUUUUGACCAUGACAGUUUACGAUCUAAGGUAACACCAAGUAAUUUAGGCUCCUCAUCUUUCUCAACAGCCACACCAUUCAUUACCAGAUUCAGCUGAGGUCUAGAACAUAGGGAAUGAUUUGUACUAAAUACAAUGCUCUUAGUUUUAGAGAUAUUCAUGACCAGUUUAUUACUGGCCACCCAUUCCAAAACAGACUGCAACUCUUUGUAAAGGGUUUCAGUGACUUCAUUAGCUGUGGUUGCUGAUGCGUAUAUGGUUGAAUCAUCAGCAUACAUGGACACACAUGCUUUGUUUAAUGUCAGUGGCAGGUCGUUGGUAACAAUAGAAAAGAGUAGAGGGCUUAGAGAGCUGCCCUGCGGUACACCACACUUUACAUGUUUGACAUUAGAGAAGCUUCCAUUAAAGAAAACCCCCUGAGUUCUAUUAAAUAGAUAGCUCUGAAUCCAUGAUAUGGCAGAGGUUGAAAAGCCAUAAGACAUUCGUUUUCUCAACAACAGGUUAUGGUCAAUAAUAUCAAAGGCUAGACUGAAAUCUAACAGUACAGCUCCCAUAAUCUUCUUAUCAAUUUAUUUCAACCAAUCAUCAGUAAUUUAUGUCAGUGCAGUAUAUGUUGAGUGCCCUUCUCUAUAAGCAUGCUGAAAGUCUGUUGUUAAUUUGUCCACAGAGAAAUAGCAUUGUAAAUCAAAUCAAAUCAAAUUUUAUUGUGCAGACAUUACAGUGAAAUGCUUACUUACAGCCCUUAACCAACAGUGCAUUUAUUUUUAAUAAAAAAAGUAAAAUAAAACAACAACAAAAAAGUGUUGAGAAAAAAAGAGCAGAAGUAAAAUAAAAUAACAGUAGGGAGGCUAUAUAUACAGGGGGUUACCGGUGCAGAGUCAAUGUGCGGGGGCACCGGCUAGUUGAGGUAGUUGAAGUAAUAUGUACAUGUGGGUAGAGUUAAAGUGACUAUGCAUAAAUAAUUAACAGAGUAGCAGCAGCGUAAAAAGAUGGGGUGGGGGGUGGGAGUGGGGGGCAGUGCAAAUAGUCUGGGUAGCCAUGAUUAGCUGUUCAGGAGUCUUAUGGCUUGGGGGUAGAAGCUGUUGAGAAGUCUUUUGGACCUAGACUUGGCACUCCGGUACUGCUUGCCGUGCGGUAGCAGAGAGAACAGUCUAUGACUAGGGUGGCUUGAGUCUUUGACAAUUUUGAGGGCCUUCCUCUGACACCGCCUGGUGUAGAGGUCCUGGAUGGCAGGAAGCUUGGCCCCAGUGAUGUACUGGGCCGUACACACUACCCUCUGUAGUGCCUUGCGGUCGGAGGCCAAGCAGUUGCCAUACCAGGCGGUGAUGCAACCAGUCAGGAUGCUCUCGAUGGUGCAGCUGUAGAAUUUUUUGAGGAUCUGAGGACCCAUGCCAAAUCUUUUCAGUCUCCUGAGGGGGAAUAGGCUUUGUCGUGCCCUCUUCAAGACUGUCUUGGUGUGUUUGGACCAUGAUAGUUCAAUGGUGAUGUGGACACCAAUGAACUUGAAGCUCUCAACCUGUUCCACUACAGCCCAGUCGAUGAGAAUGGGGGCAUGCUCAGUCCUCUUUUUUUUCCUGUAGUCCACAAUCAUCUCCUUUGUCUUGGUCAUGUUGAGGGAGAGGUUGUUAUCCUGGCACCACACAGCCAGGUCUCUGACCUCCUCCCUAUAGGCUGUCUCAUCGUUGUUGGUGAUCAGGCCUACCACUGUUGUGUCGUCGGCAAACUUAAUGAUGGUGUUGGAGUCGUGCCUAGCCAUGCAGUCAUGGCUGAACAGGGAGUACAGGAGGGGACUGAGCACGCAUCCCUGAGGGGCCCCUGUGUUGAGGAUCAGUGUGGCAGAUGUGUUGUUACCUACCCUUACCACCUGGGGGCGGCCCGUCAGGAAGUCCAGGAUCCAGUUGCAGAGGGAGGUGUUUAGUCCCAGGAUCCUUAGCUUAGUGAUGAGCUUUGAGGGCACUAUGUAGUCAAUGAAUAGCAUUCUCACGUAGGUGUUCCUCUUGUCCAGGUGGGAAAGGGCAGUGUGGAGUGCAAUAGAGAUUGCAUCAUCUGUGGAUCUGUUGGGGCGGUAUGCAAAUUGGAGUGGGUCUAGGGUUUCUGGGAUAAUGGUGUUGAUGUGAGCCAUGACCAGCCUUUCAAAGCACUUCAUGGCUACAGACGUCAGUGCUACGGGUCGGUAGUCAUUUAGGCAGGUUAUCUUAGUGUCCUUGGGCACGGGGACUAUGGUGGUCUGCUUGAAACAUGUUGGUAUUACAGACUCAGUCAGGGACAUGUUGAAAAUGUCAGUGAAGACACAUGCUCGGAGUACACGUCCUGGUAAUCCGUCUGGCCCUGCGGCCUUGUGAAUGUUGACCUGCUUAAAAGUCUUACUCACAUCGGCUACGGAGAGCGUGAUCACAUAGUCAUCCGGAACAGCUGGUGCUCUCAUGCAUGCUUCAGUGUUGCUUGCCUCGAAGCGAGCAUAGAAGUGGUUUAGCUCGUCUGGAAGUCUUGUGUCACUGGGCAGCUCGCGGCUGUGCUUCCCUUUGUAGUCUGUAAUAGUUUUCAAGCCCUGCCACAUCUGACGAGCGCCAGAGCCGGUGUAGUAUGAUUCAAUCUUAGUCCUGUAUUGACUCUUUGCCUGUUUGAUGGUUCGUCGGAAGGCAUAGCGGGAUUUCUUAUAAGCGUCCAGGUUAGAGUCCCGCUCCUUGAAAGCGGCAGCUCUACCCUUUAGCUCAGUGCGGAUAUUUCCUGUAAUCCAUGGCUUCUGGUUGGGGUAUGUACGUACGGUCACUGUGGGGACGACAUCAUCAAUGCACUUAUUGAUGAAGCCAGUGACUGAUGUGGUGUACUCCUCAAUGCUAUCUGAAGAAUCCCGGAACAUGUUCCAGUCUGUGCUAGCAAAACAGUCCUGUAGCUUAGGAUCUGCGUCAUCUGACCACUUUUUUAUUAACCGAGUCACUGGUGCUUCCUGCUUUAGUUUUUGCUUAUAAGCAGGAAUCAGGAGGAUAGAGUUAUGGUCAGAUUUGCCAAAUGGAGGGCGAGGGAGAGCUUUGUAUGCGUCUCUGUGUGUGGAGUAAAGGUGAUCUAGAGUUUUUUUUCCUCUGGUUGCACAUUUAACAUGCUGGUAGAAAUUAGGUAGAACGGAUUUAAGUUUCCCUGCAUUAAAGUCCCCGGCCACUAGGAGUGCUGCCUCUGGAUGAGCGUUUUCCUGUUGACUUAUGGCCAUAUACAGCUCAUUCAGUGCAAUCUUAAUGCCAGCAUUGGUUUGUGGUGGUAAAUAGACAGCUAUGAAAAAUAUAGAUGAAAACUCUCUUGGUAAAUAGUGUGGUCUACAGCUUAUCAUAAGAUACUCUACCUCAGGCGAGCAAAACCUCGAGACUUCCUUAGUAUUUGAUUUUGUGCACCAGCUGUUGUUUACAAAUAUACACAGACCGCCACCCCUUGUCUUAUCGGAGUCAGCCGUUCUAUCCUGCCUAUGUAGCGUAUAGCCCGCUAGCUGUAUGUUGUCCAUGCCGUCGUUCAGCCACGACUCGAUGAAACAUAAGAUAUUACAGUUUUUAAUGUCCCGUUGGUAGGAUAACCGUAAUCUUAGGUCAUCCCAUUUAUUCUCAAAUGAUUGAAGAUUGGCUAAUAGGAUUGAUGGGAGAGGCAGUUUACUCGCUUACCGUCGGAUCCUUACAAGGCACCCCGACCUACGUCCACUAUAUCUCCGUCUCUUCCUCAUGCAAAUGACGGGGGUUUGGGCCUUGUCGGGUGUCUGUAGGAUAUCCUUCGCGGCCGCCUCGUUGAAGAAAAAAUCUUUGUCCAAUACGAGGUGAGAAAUCGCUGUCCUGAUAUCCAGAAGCUCUUUUUGGUUAUAAGAGACAAUGGCAGAAACAGUAUGUACAAAAUAAAUUACAAAUAACGUGGAAAAACACACAUAAUAGUACAUUUGGUUAGAGGGCUGUAAAACGGCAGCCAUCUUCUCCGGUGCCAUUAAUUCUUCUUCUUCUUCUUGUAUUUAGUAAAACAAUUUUUCCCAACAGUUUGCUAAGAGCUGGCAGCAAGCUGAUAGGUCUGCUGUUAGAAUCAGUAAAGGCCGCUUUACCACUCUUGGGUAGCGGAAUGACUUUGGCUUCCCUCCAGGCCUGAAGACUUUCUCUAGACUCAGAUUAAAAAUAUGACAGAUAGGAGUGGCUAUAGAGUCAGAUACCAUCCUCAGUAGCUUUCCAUCAAAGUUGUCAAUGCCAGGAGGUUUGUCAUUAUUGAUCGAUAACAAUCAUUUUCCCACCUCUCCCAAACUGUCCUGUGAAGCAGCCAAGGAAAGGCAUUUGCACUCAGGGAAUGGUGAUGCAGAGUAACUUUCCAUCACUCCUGCAAUUCUUUUUCUUCAGUGUUGUUGUUCUUUGGGAGUAGCUGACUGUAGCAGGUUAGUCUGCAGGUGAGGGGAUCUUCAAAGGUUGGAUGGCAGGCAGGGAGAAAGGGAGCUAGUAUGGUGGAUGGUGGACUGAGCUGGGCUUGAAGUGAGUCUUCCUCAGAGCCUUCUCCGCACGUCCACUCUCUGCAGGUGAAGGAGAAGAGAGGAACACUGUCAGGGGCUUUGUGUUCUGACUGUCUCCAUUCACCUGCAACAUCUUUAAUACUCAACAUCAAUAACUGACUGUGUUAAAGAAUUUUUAUUUUAUUUUAAAGAAGAGAUAUUUCCUUUAUUCCUUCCCUACAGAUAUUGUCAAGGGGGAUUCACAAUGACAAGCCAAGUUCGGACAUGAUCCAGAAGUGCGAGCUAAGAAUGUAGCAUUGCUUAAAUCUAUUGAUUUAACAGCAUGUUACCUGAAUUAAUGGGGUUUUGCUAUAAAGAGGUAAUCUAAAAGGGCCAUCCAAAAGGGUCUAUAUGAAGGUUUUAAAAAGCUUAGAAAAGCUGACAAGAAAAGGGCAACGAGGGAAUUGAAUGCUAUGUAAUGGUAAAUUAUCCUAAUGCUCUCCCUUCUGUUAGGAUCAAUGGGCUUCCUGCAGUCUGCAGGCCCAGAGGGCCUCAGGACUCACGUGGUCCUCUGUAA